AUUUUCUCUUGUAGCAACAGAAGGCGGUAUUUCGAAGGGAUGCAUAUGUUCUUGUUCGUAUUCAGCUUUAUUUCCUGUUUCCUGACUUCUAAUGCCCAGACAGAAGUUGGUGGAAUCAGAGCUAUACGCUUGGCUCCUAAAACCAGUCUUUAUCCUGAAGGGCGUGAUGGUGUUUUGGAAGUUAAUUACAACGGUACUUGGGGAACUAUUUGCAACAUUGGGUUCGACGAACUGGCGGCGUCAGUUGCAUGCUUUAUGCUUGGGCUUCCACCUCGCGGUGUCCCUAUAUUGAACAGCAUUCGUCGAAGUCCCAAUUCGUCUCCUCUGUUGUCGGAAUUUAAUUGCACUGGAAGAGUACUUUUGACAUCUGGCCCUCUUAGCACUGCCACUACACAUUUAGGCGUUUGUUCCUUUACAACCGAGCUUCCCUCCACCUGUCUGGCAAAUAAUCGCCAGACUUCAAUAGUUUGUCUAGACCCUUCUGAGACGACAACUACAACUACUCCAGCUCCAAACUAUAUGACGUUGGCUCCAGUUAACUGUAACUCUUCUGAUUACUCGUCUAUUCGUUUGGUAGAUGGAACAAACAACGCUGGCCGAGUAGAGGUAAAACAUCCUCAAACAAAUCAAUGGGGUACAAUAUGUGCCGACGGUUUUGAUUUAAAUGCAGCACGUGCUCUUUGUCGAAUGUUAUGCACAAGCUCCGAUAAUCUGCAGUAUGCUUAUCCAGUUUUAUACUUGUAUGGAAGUGCUUCCAAUUCAACACCGAUUCAUUUAUCACGUUUAGAGUGUCCGGUGAAUGCAUCAAGUUUAAAUGAUUGUAAAUUAGGUGGUGGUUGGGGUUCAGCACCUGGUUGUACACAUGGUAUGGAUGUUGGCUUACAAUGUGGACCACCGUCAGCUUCGGAAGAUCCAGAUUUUUAUCAACCUAUAUUCUAUUGUAAUCAAACAACAGCGAUAAUUAUCUAUGACAAAUAUUAUAAUCCAGAUUUGAAUUCAAGUAUGAUUCGAUUAGAUCAAGAUCUAUUACCAAUUGAAUGUCAAUAUCAUGUAGAUGAUAAUACAACGCAUAUUAUAGCUUAUGUUCCACUUGUUGGUUGUGGUGGGAGUCUAACAUUGAGUAAUUCAACUUCCAUUGCAAUUAAAUUAAAUUUGCUUCGGGAAUAUUUAACACCAGAAAAUGGUAUUAUAUCAAAUUUACCAAUGAAAUUCACUGUGACCUGUUUAAUACCACGUUCAAAACAAAUUCAAUCGGAAGUUGUUGCUUCACCAAAUAUUACUACAAAUUUAUUAUAUCAAAGUGAGAGUGUUUUAUCAACAUUGAAAUUAUAUCGUGAUCAAUUAUUUACUGUCCAAUUACAACAACCUAUUACUAUUCCACCGGGGGAUAAAGUUUACGCUCUUGUUUCAUUGGUUAAUCCACAAAAAACAAGUAAAUUAAUAUUGGAGAACUGUUGGGCAACUGCUACACCUAAUCGUAAUUCAACAUUAAGACAAGAUUUAAUUGUUAAUAGAUGUGCUGCAUAUGAAGAUCUUACGGUUGUUCCAUCUUCAGCUACACAAGUUGGUUUCACAUUUAAUGCAUUUUAUUUAAAUACUGCCGGAUCAAUAGUUCCCAUCUAUUCAAAUAUUUAUCUACAUUGUGAUAUACGUGUAUGUGAUAUAAGAGAGAAUAAUGAGAAUUGUCAACAGUAUUGUCAAUCAUCAACAAUAUUUUCAACAUUAUCACCAUCAACUAUGCUAAACACAACAUCAACUGGUGUUCAAUCAGUGAAAAGAUAUAGACGUGAUUUAAAUUUUAUCAAUCCAAAAUUUCUUCAAUCACAUGGACAUAUUCAUAUUGAAAGUGGACAAGUUAUGACAGUGUAAUAACGAUAAGAUUUAUAUUAAUGAUAUAAAUCAAAUCAUUAUUCUAAUUAUGUACACAAACUUUUACCGAUGGACCAAUCAUUCAAUUAUCAAUGAAUGAUUAUUCAUAUUCAAUACAAAUUAGUUAUUAAUUGAGACUUUUUAUACACGUUGUUUUUAUAUUGAAAAAACAAACAAACAGUAUUCUAAAUAAAACAAAAUAAUACACCUUAUCAUAAAUUGUCCUAUUAUCUUCAUAGGGUAACUCAGUUUACAUUAAGUUUGUUUAUAGUUACCCGAUGUUUGUUUGUUUGCUCGUUUUUAUUUCCUUUUUUGUUAUAAAUAUUUAACCAGUUUGUUUGAAAUAAAUUUAUCAUUU